AUGGCGCGCCCUACCUUUCUUUUCCUCUUCCUCUUCCUCUUCCUCUUCUCUGCAUUCUCCUCUACUUCCACUACACUCGAAGCCAACACCGCAGUUUCGACUCUCCCCGCCGCCGUCGACUUCCCAAACCCUCACCUCCGCCGCGCCUAUUUUGCCCUACAGGCCUGGAAGACAACAGCCAUCUUCUCCGACCCCAAAAACUUCACUUCAUCAUGGGUGGGCUCCAACGUCUGCGAUUACACCGGCAUUUACUGCGCCCUACUGCCCUCCCACCCCUCCAUCACCGUCGUCGCCUCCGUUGACCUCAACGCAGCCGAUAUCGCCGGCUACCUCCCACCAGAGCUCGCCUUACUCUCCGACAUCACUAUCCUUCAUCUCAACUCUAACCGCUUCUGCGGCGUUCUUCCCGACACCUUCCGCCGCCUCCGCCUUCUCCACGAGCUAGAUCUUAGCAACAACCGCUUCGCCGGAAACUUCCCCUCUGUCGUCCUCUCCCUCCCUUCCCUCCGCUAUCUCGAUCUCCGCUUCAACGAGUUCGAGGGUCCAAUCCCAUCAGCCCUCUUCCGCCUUCCCCUUGACGCCAUCUUCCUCAACUCGAAUCGCCUCCACGCUGGCAUCCCGGAAACCCUCGGCGACUCCCCUGCCUCCGUCGUCGUCCUCGCAAACAAUGAUCUUGGGGGUUGCAUUCCCUCCAGCAUCGGAAAGAUGGAGAAAACCCUUAGUGAGAUAAUCCUCCUAAACGAUAAUCUCACCGGUUGCAUUCCCCCCGAAGUCGGCAAGCUUCGCAAAGUUAAAGUUUUUGAUGUGAGCUUCAAUCGGCUGCAGGGGCCGAUUCCGGCAUCAUUCGCCGGAUUGGCGAGUACUGAGCAGCUUGAUAUUGGGCGAAAUCAACUUACAGGCUUUGUUCCUGGUUUCGUUUGCGGGCUGCCCAGGCUCCAAAAUUUUACAUUUUCGCAUAAUUUUCUCACCGGCGAGGCGUCUGAAUGUGGCGCGAGAGGGAGAGGGUUGGUGCGAGAUGGGAGAGGGAACUGCAUAGCCGGAAUUACUAAUCAGCGGCCGCCAACCCAGUGUACCGCGGCUGAUACAAGGGAAUUUGAUUGCAGUAAAGCUAAGUGCGGCGGAGGGAGAAUUGGCAAAGCGAGGAGGAUAAGGCCGUCCCCGCCGACUCCACUUUCUAACUCGCAUAAAAGCUUGUUCUCCGGAACGCCUCCGCCACCUCCUAUCUCAGAGUUAUCGCCUCCUACUAAAUCUUGUGCUCCGCCGUCUCCCAUGGCAUCCAUCCCGCCAUUGCCGGCGCCAUCUAGCUGCGGCCAUUCAACACCGUCACAUUUUGCACCAUCGCCGGCGACGGUCGUUUCUCCACCACCAACAGAGCAUCCAGCAUAUCAUUUACCACCUCCGGGUAGUCUACCCGGCUACCACCAUCCACCGCCGGCGGAGCAUUCCAUGCCCGCUCCGCCUCCAUCGGAGCACCUGCGAGAACCAAAACCACCUCAGGAAAUGCCCCUGCCGUCUCCGCCAGAAUGCGCUGGUCAAAACUUGACUUUGCCGCCGGUUGUCGGCGUGUCAUACGCGUCGCCGCCGCCGCCAACCAUACCCUACAGCUGA